AACCCCAGUCACAUAAGUCUAGCUCCGCCCCUGGAUUUCCCGGAAAUAAUCCAGAGUGUGACCUCCAUGGGCAUCUGGCACGGGUGUUGUUAUAGUGACCUAUCUGGCGCUGAAGGAGUUCGGCUCAGGAACCCAAACUGAGGACUUACGAGGGGGUCUCGUGCUUUCAACUAUCUGUCAUCGUGAGAUUUAGACUCAAGACUUUUAAAAACGGCGUGGAGGCAGCCGUGGAGUCGGCUAUCUGUCAGCAUCAGCACCCUUCCUGUUCUGGAUGCAGAUUAAGCCACCGGAAGGAUGCUGUGCUGCAGGGAGGAAGCCUGCCAUGUUCCCAUCGUGUUGUACAAAGCCGGCGGAAGGCGGCACCAAAAGGAGCUCCAUGGCUAAACUGCUGCUCGGGGUCUUUGUGGUUUAUAUCCUCCACACUGUGUGGCUGCUUUACGGCUUCCUCAACACCAAACCCUGCGACAGAAGCAAAGGAGAGCCAUGCAUCGCCUCGUACCUGACAGCAAGACCCAGACUACAGCUGAGUGUCUUCACCUGCCUCGUGCCAGACAACAGCCAACUCACCCUUGCUGUAAAAAUAGAUCCAUUCAACCCAUACUCUACUUUUGAACGACAGGUGAAUGUCUCUCUGCCAGAAGAGACUCGGGCAAAUGGCACUCUGUAUGCAGUCGUGUACAUUCACAAAGCCGGUGUUUCACCUCUGGAGGACAGCAGAGAAGUCCACUUUGCCGCUCAGCUCACCACCUACAUCAGUCCAACACAUACAGAGGGACAGAGAGACAUGCAGAAGAGGCCGAGUCCCAGAGCAGAGAACCCAGUGUCCCAUUGGAGACCUCACUUGUCAAUCACAAUUAUGUCAGAGGACUUCACCUUCAGCAAGGCAGGGCUUCCUAGUGAUGUACGGCGCUACAUGAGAGUCUCUCAGGAUGGCCGACAGAUGGUCUACCUUCCUCUGCUGCUGAUAAACGAGCUCAGCCUCAGAGUCAGAGACCUCAAGGAGAUCAGCAGCAGCACUGUUCAGCUUCCUCUGACUGUUUCCUAUGAGGGAAUCUCUUUGAGGGGCUUCAGGUUCUGGGUGCAUUUACAAGAUGUGGUUUACGCACUGAGACAGUUUGGCUUCACAGAGGAGAACAUUGAUGAGAUUAAAGAAACUUUAGUGGACUCCAACCUCUACCUGUUAGUGUUGACGGCACUCAUCACAGCUCUACAACUCAUCUGUGAAUUCCUGGCUCUUAAAAACGACAUCAGCUCAUGGAGGAAAAAGAAGAGCAUGGCUGGAAUGUCCCGGAAAUCAGUUCUGUGGCGCAGUCUGAGCACGCUGCUGAUUUUCCUCUAUCUACUGGAGGAGACCAGUCUACUCGUGCUGCUUCCUGUUGGAUUAGGAGCAAUUGUGGAGGUCUGGAAGGUGUUUAAAGUGUUUAAAAUCCAGUUUCAAUGGAAGGGCUCCAAGCUUCAUGUGGUUAAAUUGGAUGAAGAGGAAAGAAAGACAGUGGAGUAUGAUACCCAGGCGUCCAGAUACUUGUCCUACUUGGUCUAUCCUUUGUGUAUCAGUGGAGCUAUUUUCUCUCUGGCCUACUUACGCCAAAAGAGUUACUAUUCCUGGUUGAUCAACAGCCUGGUGACUGGAGUGUAUGCAUUUGGCUUCCUGUCUAUGGCCCCGCAGCUUUUCAUCAAUCACAAGCUGAAGUCUGUGAGCCACCUGCAGGGGACGGUGUUGAUGUACAGAGGAGUGAACACACUGAUCUCAGAUCUGUGCUCCUGUGCCUAUUUUUUCUCCUCAUCUGGAUCGUUCUCCUCCUCUCAUCAACUGUCCUGCUUCAGGGAUGAGCUUCUCUUCUUCCUAUACCUGUACCAGCGGAGGCGUUACGCCUUCAAGAACCGAAGGCGAGAGCCUGGGACCCACAACAAAAAAUUAAAGACUCAAUGAGGGGAGCACAAUUUUUAUCCCUCCUUUUUCUGAAAUAAAUGCACACAAAACACA